AUGUCCGCCUCGGCCUCUCAUAUACUGCACCGCGGUCGCAGCGUCUUCUCCAAGCUCAACAAAAAGUACCGACUCCCCGCCUCCGCCGCCCUCACCUCCGCCACCUCCGCCUCCACCAUCUGCUCCCUCUCCGCGCCCUGCUCCCAUGCCGGAGACCUCUUCAUCUCCCCGGAACACCCCGCCCUCGACCCCUAUGAAUCCUCAGCCGACCAAUCGACCCACCUCUCACCAUCCCUCGACCUCUCCAGGGCCCGGCAUCUCUUCGACCUCGGUCAGCGCCUGCUCUUUGGCCGCAGCGGCCAUCCCAAGGACGAGCCCGCAGCUGUGGAAUACUACCGCCUAGCCUCACAGCUCGGCCAUCUCGAGGCCCAGGGCGUCCUGGCCUUCUGUUACGAAUUUGGCCUGGGUGUCCAGGCUGAUUAUGUCGAAGCCGAGCGUCUCUACAUCCUAGCCGCAGAAAAGGGCAACGGCCUCUCUCUCUCCCGCCUUGCCUUCCUGCGCAAAUACGGUCGUCCCUCCGUCAAGAUCGAUCGCAUCGAAUCCGAGUACUGGCAACAAAAAAUCAACCAGCAAGGGCCUUCAGCACUCGCUUGGCUCAUGGAGGCCGCAGCCGUCGACAGCCACGACUGCUGCCAGUUUGCUCUUGGAGUGUGCUACCACGACGGCGUCGGCGUCGAAAAGAAUGCGACCGAAGCCUUUCACUGGUACAGGAAAUCGGCAGAGCAGGGCAACGCACGAGGCCAGGGCAUCCUUGGUUACUGCUACGGCGAGGGCUUCGGCGUCGAGCGAGAUCGGCAAAAGGCCAUGUAUUGGUAUCGCAUCGCUGCAGAGCAGGGAGAAUCCGUGGCACUCUACAACAUCGGGUACUGUUAUGAGGAUGGUCUGGGCGUCGAGCGCAACCCAUACGAAGCCGUCAAAUGGUAUCGACUCUCUGCAGAGCUCGGCAACGCUUUCGCUCAAAAUUCGCUCGGCUAUUGUUACGAGGACGGAGUCGGUAUUGAGCAGAAUCUAGAAUUGGCAGCUCUGUGGUACACAAAAUCCGCAGAGCAAGGAUAUCCCUGGGCAGAGUGCAAUCUCGGAUACUGCAAUCAAAACGGAAUUGGUGUUCCCAAGGACGACGCCAAAGGCGCUUAUUGGUAUCGCAAGGCCGCCCUCCAGGGACAUGCUCGUGCACAACAUAACCUCGGUUUCUGCUACCAGAACGGCAUCGGUGUCCCCAAGGACCCUGUCGAAGCAGUCAAGUGGUACAUGAAGUCAGCAGAGCGCGGCAACAUCUUUGCGUUCCAUUCGCUCGGCUACUGCUAUCAGAACGGCAUUGGAGUCCAGCAAAACUUGGACGAAGCCGUUUAUUGGUACUACCUUUCUGCAGAAGAGAACCACGCCCCAGCACAGCUCUCUCUUGGUUACUGCUUCCGUAACGGCGUCGGUGUCCCCAAGGAGCCCAAGGAAGCCGUCAAGUGGUUCUAUCGCUCGGCCAUUCAAGGAAAUGCACUAGCGCAAAACUCGCUUGGAUUCUGCUAUGAGGAAGGUUUGGGCGUAGAAAAGAGCCGUGAAAAAGCCGUGUUCUGGUACGAAAAGUCGGCGGCUCAGAGCAACCCAUGGGCACAGUGCAACCUCGGCUUUUGCUAUGCGAACGAGAUCGGAGUGCCCCAGAACUACGAGAUGGCCGUUAAGUACUACUCCCUGGCUGCUGCCCAGAACCACGCCCGCGCCCAGGAUAAGCUGGGGGUCUGUCUUCAACUCGGGCAGGGCAUUGCUCAGGAUGUCAAGCUUGCAGUCCGAUACUUCCGGCUGGCAGCAGAACAGGGACAUCUGGCGGGACAAUACCAUCUCGCCAAUGCACUUGAAAAGGGCUUGGGCUGCGAAGUCGACCUGGAGGAGGCAUCGAUGUGGUUUGAGCGUGCAGCAGCGAACGGCUGCAGGACCUCGCACGAGCGGCUGCAGCGCCUCCUCGCACGUUCGUGUCUUGAAAGUGGACUGGGAGUCGCCGAAAGCGGCCUCUUCCUCGGUGCCAUCGGGCAUUGUGCCCCAGCAGCAUAA